CCGGAAGCUUCAGUGGCCGUGCAAUCAUAUUGACCGGAGCGCAGACACCCACUUCCGGCCUCCGUUGGAGCCUCGCCGCUCCCAGACGCAGUGCUGACUCCACAGUGGCCGAAUAGUGACGCCGACAGGAGUCAUGGCGGCCCCGGAGGACCCCGCGGCGACCUCGCCACGGCCGGCGGAGGGGCCCGGCCCGAGCCCAGACCCUGAGCUGAAUUCGGCGGGCUCCUCCCCGCCUGCCCAGGCGCUCUCCAGCCCCGGCGCCGCAGCCGCUGAGGAGAAGCCCGCGGUGGCGGAGGCAGUGGCGGCCCGGGAGCCCCGCCGUGGGCCCAGCCCUGCGGCCCCUGUGCCUCAGGCCGACGGCGGGGCUCGUUCCCCGCCACGCCCUGGCGGCUCCCGGCCUGGCCCCGAGACGUUCCGUCAGCGUUUCCGGCAGUUCCGCUACCAGGAUGCGGCGGGCCCGCGGGAGGCGUUCCGGCAGCUGCGGGAGCUCUCCCGCCAAUGGCUGCGGCCCGACAUCCGCACGAAGGAGCAGAUAGUGGAGAUGCUGGUGCAGGAGCAGCUCAUGGCCAUCCUGCCCGAGUUGGCCCGGGCCCGGCGGCUCCGGCGCCGCCCCGACGUGCGCCUCACCGGCUGAACGGGGAGGAGCGAGCGGCUCGUUCCCAGGACAGGUGCCAUUGACGGGGUCGGAGGUGGAAUCUGGCACUCCACCCCUCUCCACUUGGUGUUAAUGAAAAAGUUUGGCAGUUAAUGAAAAGGUUUGACAAUU